AUGUGGCGGACGUCACGCAGAUCGACAAACUGCUGCAUGGCAGAAGAAAACGUGGUCUGCGCCGACGCGGGUUAUACCGGGGUCGAGAAGCGCGAAGAGCACGAGGGGCAUCGACUUGAAGCGCCCCGGAAAUACACAGCAGAUACGAUCCAUCUGAGCAUCCGCCAAGCUCUUGUCGUUGGAUUGAAUUGCUACGAUGAGCUGAUCUACGGCCUCCAGUGGAAAAUGGUCAUCUUGAGACUCAACCUCCACAAAUGCAUUUUCCAGUGCCUCGCGAAGCGUAAUUCUCGCAACUCCAAGGUCAUCCGCGAAUCGACGCUCAGCCGGCAACUUGGAACUUGGUGCGAUCAGACCAAGCGUUAUCUCUUGACGCAGUCGCUCAGCAGUCGCACCAUAAUCACCGCCUUCACAGAAGUUGAUGAGAAAGGCCUUGGCAGUGAUUACGCCUGCGUGGUUGAACAACACGUCUAUACGGCCUUCGAGCUCAAUCGUCUUCUCAACCGUCUGGAUGCAGUGAUCUGGGAUGCUAACGUUCCCAGAAUAUCUUCCAUGGGCUCGGUAGCGAGCCAGAUGGUGUCGAUGCGGAUCAUCGCAGCAGGUCUCUUAAGAACGCGGAACAUUCCGAUGCACUUUCUGCCGGCCAACUCACCACGACUACCACUUUUGAAUGAGGCACUUCGACUCGAAUCGUGGCAGGAAGAACUUACUGCGUCACUAUCGGCCGCGCUGCCU